GCGGCAAAAACGGACGGUUUGGCCAAAAUUUGCCCCAAAAAAUACCCAUUCAUUUCUAUUGGGCAAAAUUUCCCAUUGAUUUCAAAUGGCCCUAUUCGCCAUUCAUCUCAAUGGCUCAAUAACUUCCAUUCACUCCCAGUGAUUUCCAACCCAAGUGACCCAAUAUCAAUAGGAAGUGAAGUUACCCAAUAUGAAGAGAAAGUGACCUAGAUAUGCCCCAUAAUCAACAGGAAGUGAACCGAUAUGAACAGGAAGUGACCUGGAAAUGCCCCCAAAUCAAUAGGAAGUGACCUGUAUUCAACAUGAAAUGAUCCCUAAAAUGCCCCCAACUCAAUAGGAAAUGACCCAAGAAUACCCCCUCAUCAAGAGGAAGUGACCCAAUAUAAACAGGAAGUGAUCCUGAAAUGUCCCCAAAUCAACGGGAAGUGACCUCAUAUCAACAGGAAGUGACCGGUAACAAACAGGAAGUGACCCCAAAAUGCCUCAUAAUCAACAGGAAGUGACCUUUUAUAAACAGGAAGUGAAAACGGAUUGACCCCAAAUCAAUAGCAAGUGACCCGAUAUAAACAGGAAGUGACCCGAAUUGCCCCCAAAUCAACAGGAAGUAACCCAAAUAAACAAGUGACCCCAAAAUGCCCCAUAAUAUACAGCAAGUGACCUGAUAUAAACAGGAAGUGACCCCGAAUUGCCUCUGAAUCAUCAGGAAGUGAUCCAGUAUGAACAGGAAGUGAUCCUGAAAUGCCCCCAAAUCAACAGGAAGUGACCUCAUAUCAACAAGAAGUGACCGGUAACAAACAGGAAGUGACCCCAAAAUGCCCCAUAAACUACGGGAAGUGACCUGUUAUAAACAGAAAGUGAAAACCGAUUGACCUCAAAUCAAUAGCAAGUGACCAGAUAUAAACAGGAAGUGACCCAGAAUCGCCCCCAAAUCAACAGGAAGUAACCCAAAUAAACAAUUGACCCCAAAAUGCCCCAUGAUAUACAGCAAGUGACCCGAUGUAAACAGGAAGUGACCCCGAAUUGCCUCUGAAUCAUCAGGAAGUGAUCCAGUAUGAACAGGAAGUGAUCCUGAAAUGCCCCCAAAUCAACAGGAAGUGACCUCAUAUCAACAGGAAGUGACCGGUAACAAACAGGAAGUGACCCCAAAAUGCCCCAUAAACUACGGGAAGUGACCUGUUAUAAACAGAAAGUGAAAACCGAUUGACCUCAAAUCAAUAGCAAGUGACCCGAUAUAAACAGGAAGCGACCUAGAUAUGCCCCGAUAUGAACAGGAAGUGACCUUAAAAUGCCCCCAAAUCAAUAGGAAGUGAUCCCAAAAUGCCAGCAAAUAAACAGGAAGUAACCCAAAUCAACAAGUGACACAGAAAUGCCCCAUAAUCAGCAGGAAGUGACCCGUGAUAAACAGGAAGUGACACUGUAACGCCACUGUAACGCCCCCAAAUAAACAGGAAGUUACCCAAUGUGAAGAGAAAGUGACAUAGACAUGCCCCAUAAUCAACAGGAAGUGACCCGAUAUGAACAGGAAGUAAUCCAGAAAUGUCCCCAAAUCAACAGGAAGUGCCCUCAUAUCAACAGGAAGUGCCCGGCAACAAACAGGAAGUGACCCCAAAAUGCCCCAUAAACUACGGGAAGUGACCUCUUAUAAACAAGAAGUGAAAGCCGAUUGACCCCAAAACAACAGCAAGUGACCCGAUAUAAACAGGAAGUGACCCCGAAUUGCCCCCAAAUCAACAGGAAGUAAGCCGAAUAAACAAUUGACCCCAAAAUGCCCCAUAAUAUACAGCAAGUGACCCGAUAUAAACAGGAAGUGACCCCGAAUUGGCCUCAAAUCAACAGGAAGUAACCCAAAUAAACAAUUGACCCCAAAAUGCCACAUAAUAUACAGCAAGUGACCCGAUAUAAACAGGAAGUGACCCCGAAUUGCCUCUGAAUCAUCAGGAAGUGAUCCAAUAUGAAUAGAAAGUGAUCCUGAAAUGCCCCCAAAUCAACAGGAAGUGACCGGUAACAAACAGGAAGUGACCCCAAAAUGCCCCAUAAACUACGGGAAGUGACCUGUUAUAAACAGGAAGUGAAAACCGAUUGACCCCAAAUCAACAGCAAGUGACCCGAUAUAUACACGAAGUGAACCCGAAUUGCCCCCGAAUCAACAGGAAGUAACCCAAAUAAACAAUUGACCCCAAAAUGCCCCAUAAUAUACAGCAAGUGACCCGAUAUAAACAGGAAGUGACCCCGAAUUGCCCCCAAAUCAACAGGAAGUAACCCAAAUAAACAAGUGACCCCAAAAUGCCCUAUAAUAUACAGGAAGUGACCCCGAAAUGCCUCAUAAUCAACAGGAAGUGACAACGAAUUGCCCCCAAAUCCACAGGAAAUUACCCAAAAUAAACAGGAAGUGACCUGUAAUAAAAAGAAAGUGACCCCUAAUUGCCCAUAAUGAACUGGAAGUGACACUAGGUUGCCCCCAAACCAAUAGGAAGUGUCCCGUAUUAAACAGGAAGUGCCCCGAUAUAAACAGUAAGUGACCAUGAAUUGCCUCCAAAUCAACAGGAACAUACCCAAUAUGAAGAGGAAGUGACCAAGAAUUGCCUCAUAAUCAACAGGAAGUGAUCUAAUAUCAACAGGAAGUGACACCGGAUUGUCCCAUAUCAACAGGAAGUGACUCAAUAUGAACAGAAAGUGGCCUCAAAAUGCCCCAUAACCAACAGGAAGUGACUGCGAAUUGCCCCGAGUUUCAGAUUGGGACAUCACAAGUUGAAGCGGCGCUAGAGGGCGGAUCAGGCGACAAAAUGGCUGCCGCGUGUCAUUAGGCUUUUGUUGCUCCGCCGCCGGAUCAGGUGGGAUGACGUGAGCCGUGAUGUCAGGUCACCCGAAACUCGGCCGAACGUGACACCUUCUCCCCGGCGCUCGCCGUUCGGCUGUCUGUCGGCGCCCGAGAUGGCCGUCCAGAUCCCGGACGACUCGGACUUCUCGUCCUUCAAGGAUCAGUGCCUGAGCGGCCAAGGCUGGAACCAGCGCUACCACAAGGGCGGGGUCACCGUGUGGUGCCGCCCCGACGACGGCGACGGCGUCCAGAAGAUCAAGAUGAAGAUGGCGUGCAAGGGCGUGAGCGCCCAGACGGUGUACGACGUCCUCCACGACAGCGGCUACCGCAAGAAGUGGGACAGCAACAUGAUCGACGCGUAUGACAUCGGAAGGCUGACCGUCAACGCCGACGUGGGCUAUUAUUCCUGGAGGUGUCCCGUUCCGCUGAAGAAUCGAGACUUUGUGACUUUGAGGUCCUGGCUCCCUCUGGGCGACGAUUUCCUCAUCAUCAACUACUCUGUCAAACACGCGCAACAUCCUCCCAAGAAGGACUUUGUCCGUGCCGUCUCUCUGCUGACCGGAUACUUUAUCCAGUCCGCCGGCGCCGAAGGCUCGUCUCUCUACUACCUCAGCCAGCUGGACCCGCGAGGUUCUUUACCAAAGUGGGUGACCGACAGAGUCUCGCAGUUCGUGGCUCCCAAGGCCAUGAGGAAGAUCUACAAGGCAUCUCGAAAGUACCCCGAAUGGAAGCGCAAGCACUGUCCCGACUUGAAGCCGUGGAUGUUUCCGGAGCAGAACACUCUGCCGUGCAUCAGCGUGUCCGAGCUAUCGCCGCAACGCGCCGACUCGUUAGAAAACAUCGACGAGAGCGGCCUUGGCGAAGGGAAAGGCCAGCACGGCGGCGACGACGAUGAUGACGACGAGGAGACUUGAUUCGGCGGCUUCCUACUUUAUCUUCUUUUGUGUGCGCAAACGAGCCUUGUGGUUGCCGUGCUGACAA